UCAAGGCGUUGAUGCGCUGCGCUCGCGGGGGGCCAGUGCGGCAGCCACGCGCAUGUCGGCCGGCUGUGGGCCCGUCUCGGCGAUGCAGCAGCCAGCGCCCCCGUGGCAGGCGCCCGGGCACGGCCCCUUCGGGAGCGUGUUGCCGACGAUGCUGCCGCAGCCCCAGCAGCAGCAGCAGUGGUCACCGCCGACGAUCCCGCCGCAGCCGCAGCAGCAGCCGUUGCCGCCGCAGGGCCAGCCGCAGCCGCCGCAGCCGCAGCCGACGGCGCCGCAGGGCUCCGCCGCCGCUGCGGCGCCCGCCGCCGCCGCCACGGCGCCCGCCGCCGCGGGGCCGCUGAGUUUCGGGCCCAUGGCGCCCGCACCGGCCCCGGCGCAGGAGGCUGGGCCGCAGCUGCCCGCGUGGCCCUUCGUGCCCGGGGGCGGGCGCCAGCCAGAGGAGGCGCGCUUCGCCGCGGGGCCGCAGCACGCGGCCGCGUCGGCGCCGCUGUGGCUCCAAGCGCAGCAGGGCGGUGCGCAGCCCUCGCAGCCCGCCGCGGGGCCGCCGCACGCCGCCGCGUCGGCGCCGCCGUGGCUCCAAGCGCCGCAGGGCGGCGCUCCGCCCUCGCAGCUCGCGGCGCAGCUUGGAGACGAGCGCGCGGCGGUGGUGGCCGCGGUCGGACCGGGGAGCAGCCACGCGCCUCGGCCACCGUGGCCGGCGCAGCAGCCCGCGGGCGCGCCGUCGUGGGGCACAGCGCCGGGGGCCUGCGGGCCGUGCGGGCCAAGUCUUGGGCUCGACGACGCCAUGGACGCAGGGGUCUUCCUCGUGACGGAGGACAGAGUGAUCGCCACGGAGGGCGUCGAUCCCGCGUCCCCCAUGGUGGGGUCUGUGGCAAAGGGGGCGCUGGCGAGGGUGGUGGAGGUGGCCUUCCGGCCCGAGCAGAUGGCGUUCCGAGGCCGCCUGGAGGAUCCCCCGGGCUGGAUCACGCUGCUGGAGACCGUGACUGGAUACCGCCGUGCUCGCCGAGUGGGCCAGCUGGGCCCACAGGCUAGUGGCAAGGCGGCGGUUGCGGUCAGCCAGGCAGCCCAGCAGCAAGGUUUGGCCGCCAUGCUGGCGCCGUCGGCUCUCCCAGGGCUGGGCAACGCGGAGCAGGCCCCGGUGGUCAUCGCCCUCGACGUAGACGAGGUGCUCUGCCGCUACACCGACGGCUUCCGCAGGUACCUGACGAAGCACCGGCCAGACGGGCCACUGGACGUCCAGACCGUCUUCCAGGAGGCUUACGACGCGCAGAACAAAUGGAGGCACCAGUUCGCCCUGAGCGGCGGCCUCGACCGCCUCGACGCGGUGCCCGGCGCCCUUCUGGCGCUGCGCAUGCUGCUCUCCGCGGGGGCGCGCCUGGAGGUGGUCACGUCGCGGCCGCCGGUGAUGCGGGAGUCCACGCAGGCCUUGCUCGAGGGCCUGUUUGGCGCUGACGUGUUCAGCGCGAUGCAUUUCAUCGGCCCCGGCGAGAAGGGCUUGACUUGCCGCAACAUUGGCGCCGCGGCCCUGGUGGACGAUCAGCUACACAACGUGGUGGACGCCACCAACCACGGCGUGCAGUGCGUGCUGUUCGAUCUGAAGGGCGGCUACCCCUGGGGUGCACGGCCGGAGGAUGUGCCUCCGGGGGUGCAGCGGAUGGAGAACUGGUCCAGUACCUGCUUGUUCCUGCUCUCGGUCGUCAGGGAGGCCUCCAGAUCAGCGGGCUCGAGGCAAAAAGUGGAUUGGAUGUUCCAAUACAUGGACGCGCGUAGGCAAGCGUGGACCGCAUUUGCAGGAUUCAGCGGCUAAUGUUGGCGAGCGGCGCUCUGUCUAGUAGGCAGUUUUCCGCCAGGAACGCGCCGCGGAGAAAAGAAGGGCCACAGUGCAGUCGAAUCGUG